AUGUUUUGGCGCUUCGGGGGAUACGCAAGUAUCUCUACCAUCGACUCCCUGCUUGACAAACCUGAUGUCAGUCUCGAAGAGCUCCUAGAUGAGUCAGAGUUGAUCCAGGAACUCAAGCAACAAAAUUCGAAACUUAUAGAAUAUCUACGGGAAGAUAAUGUUUUGAAACGCCUUAUGGACUAUGUGAUUGCACCCAGCCUGGUGAAGGACGACGAUGACGAAGACAACGAUGAGGAUGACACAAAUGACGCUAAUGCCACUCGAACGAGCGAAGAAGUUCUCGGUGAUGGACAGAAGAAUGUUGAUCCGCUAAAGGAGAUCUUAGACCCCGAGGAUUUGGAUAGGGUGGAAAAGAAUCGUCUCAAGCACGCUUAUAUCGCGUGCGAGGUUCUAUCGUCGGAGACAUGGUCGAUACUGGGAUCUAUAAUGGCAAACACCAGUUACUUGCGCGAGUUCUGGGGUUUCCUGAGGAGAACGCCGCCGUUGGAUCCUAUCCAGGCGGGAUAUUUCACGAAAGUGAAUGAAACGCUGUUUGAUCGAAAGACUGGCGAGAUGCUGGAAUUUUUCAAGUCCUUAGACGGCAUUAUCCCUGCAAUCCUUCGGCAUAUCGACAAUCCCAUGGUUAUGGACCUUUUACUGAAGAUAAUCAGUCUGGAGAAGUCCGAAGGCGGCCAGGGGAUUGUGGACUGGUUGAAAUCGCAGGAUCUGAUACCCAUUCUCCUUUCUUUCCUGUCUCCAGAGCACCCGGCUUCCGUCCAGACUUCGGCAGGAGACUUCCUCAAGGCUAUCAUCACCAUCUCCGCGAACGCAACUCAGAAUGACCAAUCCUGUAUUGGGCCCAAUAGUCUCACUCGCCAACUGGUCUCCUUGCGAUGCUCAGAAACCCUCAUCAAUGCUAUGUUACGAGGCGGGAACCCAUUAACGGUCGGCGUGGGUAUCGUAAUCGAGGUGAUUCGAAAGAACAAUUCGGAUUAUGACCCGGAGACUCUUGGUGGCACUGACUCGCCCCCAUCGACAUAUGACCCUAUCUACCUGGGCCAUCUGUUGCGACUCUUCGCCAAGAACAUACCUUAUUUCAUGGCGCUAAUCAAGAGCUCAAAGCAUACGAUCAACGAUGGCGGAGAAGUUAAGAGCGUAGAAAGAGGGCAGCUGAACAGCGCAUGGGGUGCCAAGAUCGAGCCAUUGGGUUUUGAUCGGUUCAAAACAUGCGAAUUGAUGGCGGAGCUUCUGCACUGUAGUAACAUGGGUCUUUUGAACGAGCCCGGCAGUGACGAGUACAUUCGUCAGAGAGAUGCUGAACGGGAGAGACUGUCUCGCGAAGGCGCAUUCAACCUGCAUAAGGAGGAGGUAUCGGUUCUUGAGGGCAACGAUUCUACCGCAGAUUUCAUCAACGAAUCUGUUAUUGAUUCAGGCUCACCGGAGGAUUCUCGAGUACUUGAAAUGUCCAAUACAGGCGAUGAUGGCUUCGAAGAUGUCGAUUCCUCAGGUGUUCUGAUUGAUAAGGAGAAACUUGCCGACGGUGAAAAUCGGGCAGCUUCAGAAGGGAAGGGUACGACAAGCGGCUUGGAAAAGAAGACGGAUGACAAAGAUGAAGGUCAUACGGAAGACACAAAGAGAACGGAAGAAGCAACUACCGCAGGGACGAACAACAACCCCGAGAAAACCCCAGUUUCGGAUCUCACAAACCAGUUGAAUGCGAUGGAUUUGGAAGGCAAAUCGACCGCAAAUGCAACCACUGUGAAAGAAUCCGCGAACAACGAUGCAGUUCAGACCACUGAGCAAACGUCUUCGAACCCCAAAUCGAUAUCGGGACCACAAUCUUCGGCGAAGCGACAGGAAUCCGAAUCAAUAGCUUCAGAUCCUGAUACUGCUGGUCAGGUCGGGAAUGCGCAAGGCUAUACGGACUCUAAAUUAGACCAAAUAUCUUUAAAGGACGAAGAGGAGGAUUUGCGGGCGCACAUCAAUCCUUAUGUUCAGCUGGACCCGAAUGGUCAACCUGUGGUGGGUGAUUAUCUCAAGAUAAUGUUCGUGAAGAACCGGGUUGUACCGACAAUACUGGAUUUCUUCUUCCGGUUUCCCUGGAACAAUUUCCUGCAUAAUGUUGUAUACGAUGUUGUUCAGCAAGUGUUCAACGGGCCCAUGGAGCGCGGUUACAAUCGAUCCUUGGCCAUUGACCUGUUUGAAACUGGUCAUAUUACGCAAGCAAUUGUCGAAGGACAAAAACGCAGCGACGAAGCGCAACGGGCGAGACGCAUCAGACUUGGCUACAUGGGUCACCUUACACUCAUUGCGGAGGAAGUGGUUAAGUUCAGCGAACGCCAUCCACCGGAGCUGCUGUCUCCAGAUGUGAUGGAAAGUGUCUUGAACCCAGAGUGGAUUGACUACGUUGAACAAACUCUUUCUGAAACACGAGAGCGUGACAACGCCAUCCUCGGCGGGGUACGGCCAGACAUGGCGAUUGGACAUCGCCAGGGCAUGCUCAACCAAGGUCAAAGCAUGAAUACCUCAUCGGCUCUCGCUGAAGCUGGCUUGAAUGGUGGCAUCGGCAAUUCAGGCUUCCAGAACUUCGAUAUGUUGAACCAGGGCAGUGUUUCUGGUGGUGCUUUUGGCCUUGGUGGCGGUGGUAGUUCUCUCCUCAGUGGCUUCGGCAGUUCAAGUGACGACGAGGAUGAGGAGCUGGAGGAACAGGACGACAGAAACCUGAAUGAUUCAUCCGCAGAAACCGGUUCCGAGAAUGCAUCAUCAAACUCAACAAGCCAACCCAUCCCCAUUCUCCCACCCCCUCCUGCCCCUCUCAGCCUAGGGCCGUCUCGCGCUCGACGGCAGCUGGCAGCACGGCUCGCUCUGCAGAAACAGCAGGCCGCCGAGAAUGGCGGCAACGAGGGCGAUGAAAACAAGCAAGGCAACCAACAUGAGAAUGCCGACUCUCAGUGGCCAGUCAACCCAUUUGUGAUUGCGGGAUUGGACGACGACGGCGACGGGACGGAUUCGCCCUCGAGAGCUGCUUUUUCACCCAGCGACUUCCCCGCGGUCCCUAAGGACGAACCUUUUGCAUCGCCUACCUUCCCCGGGUCUGGCUUCAGUCCUCCUGAUUCAUUAUCCACCAAUUCUUCGGACGAUGACGGGGAGGGAAGGGCAGGGAUGAGACGCAAAGAGCGCAUUCCCCUAGAAGUCGAGGACGAUGAGGACGACAUGGGUGAAAUGGUCGGUCCCUCACUCGGGUCUGACAUAAUGGACUCGGAUGAAGAGGAUGAAGCCAUUAUGAAUGAAUCUUUAGGAUACCCUGACCUCGGCCCUGGCCGCUACAAGAAUUUCCGAAGGUCACAGUUUGGGCCCUCUCCAUUUGGAGACGACGAUGGGAAUGACAGCAGUGACGGCGAAGAUGAUGGGCUGGUAGAAAUCCUUGUCCCAGGAAGAAAACCAUCUACGUCUUGA